CUCGGUCUCAUACGCCACAGACUCAACAAAGUGGACAAAUGUUGAUACCUGCCCCUAUGGGCCAACUAGGACCUUCAAUGGGAGGUGGUAUGGGUGGUUCGGGUAGUCCAGCGCAAGGGCUUCCUCUAAUGCCUGUCGUUCACUACGUUCAAGCGAAUGCGGGUGGAGUACAAAAUCAGGGACCCAAUCAAGGUGGCAAUCAGCCACACUAUGCAUCCCAUAAUCCAGGUGGAACGCGAUUCCGCAAACCCUCACCGAUGCCCGUCAACCAUCGACCGGAUUUAGCGUCAUCGAUGCACGUGGCCGCCGCCACGGGACAGCCUUUGAUGGCACCUGCCCCAAUUAGUGGACAACAGAUCUUCUAUCCGCCGCAAGGUGCCAUGAUGCAAGGGACACCCCAGCCUUAUACACAGUUGUACGCGAUGCGCUUAGUUGGACCGCAAAUGCAGGGCAUGGUUUCAAACUCUUCUUACGGUGAUACAAUGACAACGGGACACGGUCCAAUCUACAUGACGUCACAUAUGUCACCGGGCCAUGGCCAAGGAAUGAACAACCAAGGUCAAAUGGCACCUUCGCAACAGCAACAACACCACCCAAAUUCGACUCCGUCGCCAGCUCAACAGCACUCAAUGGCCCAAACUCAAGCCGGGAAUCCCCCCUCAAUUGAUUUACCAAACAGCUGGUAUGUUAUCGCCUGUGCUUGCGGAGGGAUGGAGGGAAUGUAA